AAUGGGCAAGUUAUUAGCAAAGCUGCACAUAGUUUUGUUGCUGUGGUUAGCAGAUGGCAGUGAAGCAGAGCACCUGAGGUACAAAGACCCCAAGCAGCCAUUGUAUGUUAGAGUGAGGGAGUUGAUGGGGAGAAUGAGUCUUGAAGAAAAGAUUGGGCAGAUGACUCAGAUUGAGACAAGUGUUGCAUCCCAGGAUAUCAUCAAGAAAUACCACAUUGGUAGUGUUUUGAUUGGUGGUGGAAGCGCACCGGCUCCAUGGGCAUCUGCCGAGACGUGGAUGGACAUGGCCGAUGAUUUCCAAAAGGGCGCUCUUUCUGACCGUCUUGGAAUUCCUGUCAUUAUAGGAAUCGACGCCAUUCAUGGCCACAACACUGUCUACAAUGCCACAAUUUUCCCACACAACGUUGGCCUUGGUGUCACUAGGGAUCCGGAGCUUGUCAAAAGGAUCGGAGCAGCAACUGCUCUUGAAGUCAGGGCGACUGGAAUUCCUUACACGUUUGCUCCUUGUAUCGCGGUCUGUCGGGAUCCAAGAUGGGGCCGAUGCUUUGAGAGCUACAGCGAAAAUCACAAGAUUGUUCAAGCAAUGACUGAGAUAAUACCCGGCUUACAAGGAGACGCACCUGCCAACUACUUGUCAAACUUUCCCUAUGUGAACGGCAGGACUAAGGUAGCAGGGUGUGCAAAGCAUUUUGUGGGAGAUGGCGGGACGAUUGAUGGGAUUGACGAGUACAACACAGUCACCGACUGGGACAGCCUCAGAAAUAUCCACAUGCCUGCAUAUCUCGACUCAAUCAGAAAGGGCGUGGCCACUGUAAUGGUUUCUUACUCCAGUUGGAACGGCAAGAAGAUGCAUGCGAACUACAAUCUCAUCACGGGGUAUCUCAAGAACAAGCUCAAAUUCAGAGGAUUUGUCAUAUCAGAUUCAGAGGGGAUUGAUCGGAUAACGACUCCACCACGUGCUAACUAUACUUAUUCAGUUCAAGCUGCUAUUCAUGCAGGAAUUGACAUGGUCAUGGUUCCUUAUACAUAUGUUGAGUUCAUUGAAGAGCUGACUUCACUGGUGAAUAGAAACAUAAUCCCCAUGAGCAGAAUUGAUGAUGCUGUGGAGAGAAUACUGAGAGUUAAAUUUAUCAUGGGACUGUUUGAGAAUCCAAUGGGCGAUCGUACGAUGUUGAGCCAACUAGGAAGACAGGAACAUAGAGAACUGGCCCGAGAAGCAGUGAGGAAAUCACUCGUGCUCUUGAAAAAUGGUAAGAACCGGGAUGAGCCGUUGAUUCCACUUCCGAAGGCAAGAAACAUACUUGUGGCAGGCAGUCAUGCAGACAACAUUGGCAACCAAUGUGGAGGGUGGACUAUAGAAUGGCAGGGUCAAUCUGGCAACAUUACAAUUGGUACUACAAUUUUAACUGCUGUCAAGAACAAUGUUGAUUCUCAUACAGAAGUUGUCUACAGCGAGAAUCCUGACAAGGCAUUCGUGAAGUCCAGUGACUUCUCUUAUGCUAUUGUAGUUGUGGGAGAACUGCCUUACUCAGAAUACGUUGGAGACAGUAAGGACUUGAGAAUGGCUGAUCCCGCUUACAGCACGAUCUCAAAUGUAUGUGGAGCUGUCAAAUGCGUUGUGGUAAUAAUCUCAGGACGACCUGUUGUGAUUGAACCUUAUCUUGAUCAAAUUGAUGCCUUAGUAGCCGCUUGGCUGCCCGGGACCGAAGGCCAGGGCGUGGCUGAUGUUCUGUUUGGCGACUACGGUUUCACUGGCAAGUUAGCGCGAACUUGGUUCAGGACCGUUGAUCAGCUUCCAAUGAAUGUGGGCGAUCCUCAUUACGAUCCUCUGUUUCCAUUUGGCUAUGGUCUUACAACCAAACCAAGAGAACUAAGAGCUGCACAGUGAACCAAACAGCCUUCAUGUUCUUAGGUUGUUGAUCUACAAUCAUAAGUAUAUACAUGUAUACACGGGCACAAUGUCAUUCUUGAGAUUUCUCAUGGUAGAAGAAGUUUCAUGUUUUAGUGUCAACAUUUCGUCUUUAGGAAAUACAUAAUGUAGAUGUAAUGGAUAAACAUAUCUCUCCUUUGUAGUUUUUUUUUUUUAAAAUGUAAGUAG